ACGGCACACUCGCUCCUCGCCACUCCACCACCUGGCACCUGCCCCCGGCCCGGCCGCGGCUUGGCACUCGAGUUCGAGUAAAACAAGAGAGUACCACCACGGCCUUGACUGCCUGACCGCCUCCAGUCCACACUCCCAAGUCCUCCUCCGCUUCUCCUCCUCAUCCAUCCGGCCGUGACCGGUUGGUGCAGUGGGCUCCGGCACGUACCCGCCCCUUCGGCUCUUUCCCGGCCCGUCCAUUCCCUCCUUGGCGACCCCAUUUGUUUCCUCAAAAAAAAAAAAUGGCGACCCCAUUUGCUUGGCUAUUUAUACCCCUACCAGCUGGUGCCAAUUCCGUCCUCAAUGCACACAAACUCCUUCCUCAUCACCAAGCCACCGGGUCAGAGACAGCGCGGCCGCAGAGAGCGAGCAAGCAGCUAGUACACCUCUGCUGCAAGUCCGCAAUGUCGGCUAGCAGCCGCGCUCCGGCCAACCGCUGCGUCUGCAAGACGCCGUCGGGGAACCCGCUGCCGCGGCGGGGCCAGGUCAAGGAGAGCAUCGCCAAGCACAUCGCGGCGGCCGCCGUGGCCACGGCGUCGGCGCUCGUCUGCGACGCGGGCGGCAAGAAAGGCGGGGCCGCCAAACCGCCCGCCGCGCCCGCCGGCGCCAACAAAAAGAAAUGAGAAGCCGAUCGCCGCAGCAAAGUGUCAUUGCUUGUCCGAGUGUCCGACAACCCUAUAUGGUAUGCUUGCACACCACCUAGCAAGCGCGCUGGUUCAUGUGCCAGCUCUACUACUUUUGUUAAGGUUUGUUCGUGUUCGUGUAGUGAUCACCACCUUGACGGGACGUCUAUCGCUGUCUCGUGCGUGCAUGCGAGGAUAACUUUCACUUCCUCGCGGCACUCGUCUUGUUGUUCUGCUAUGUUUUGUUCUUGUUGUUUCGUCGUCAGGGAUGUACGUACUAGGGAGAGGUGGGGAAGUAUUAUCGCCUGAUCUUCCUUGUUAUAUGUAAUGUGUGUGUACUGCAUAUACAGUGCUAGUGUGGAUUAAGUGUUUUGGGUGGUUCCCCUGA